AUGUGGGAGGACAAAGACAGGGGAGGCGGGUCUGAGGCGCGCAACAAAGACAAGUCCUGGUGCCACCAUUCAUAUUCUGGCUUUGUCAUCUUACCAAUCUGGUGCGAGCCAGCUUGUCCCUGCGAAUUCCUCGAGAUCUUUCACGAAUCAUACGGCACCAGCAUAUGGAGCAGCCAUGAAUGUUCAGAUUCAAGCACCUGUUCCCGAAACAUCUUCUACCUCACGAUCGCCUUCAGGCUGGAGCGCACCAUCGAGACAAACCAGCCGCCUGUGCCGCUGUGGCCGCGGAAGAAUUACCGUUCCAACCGCAAUCGCAAGGAUCUUGGUCAGUGCCUCUUCGCCGAGUCCAAGCUAGAGCUCAUCUUAUCACAGCCCGCGCGCACGGAAACUCAGCAUAUAUCAGAAAGAGACGUUCCUGGUGUCGCAGAACGGUCCCGAAGUGCGAGCCCUGGGUUGAUGCAGACAGGGUCGAACGGGACACGGUGGAAUGUUGAGUAUAAUCCGGGUAACUGGAUGAGCCACCGAGAUUGUACUUCUGCGAUGGCCCAUGUCGGUAAUUAUGGUAUUACUGUUAAUGCCUAUGCUCCAGCAAUAUUCACUAAAUCCACGUCGAACCCUUCGUUCAGAAAGGGUAGAAUGAAUUCAGCAGCAGACGGUGCAAAUAACACGAUCCACCGUGGCCCCGUCGGUCUCUCCUUCAAACGUUGAGAGAAUGUCGAGCUGGUAGUCUUCCCGACGACAUAGAACGGACAUUCUGUCGCUGAAAUUGAGAAUAAAAUUCAAGAAAGUGAAUGCGACACGUACCGUUCUUGGCUGCACCAUUCGCCUUGUGUCAGGCCUCGCAUGAGCGUGCGCUGAUCAUGACAGCUCCAUCGAAAUCGCCCUGUGCCGUUACGGAUGCGAGUUCAUUGAUAUUCGUGAGCACGACCUCGAGCACUGGAAUCGAGAAAGGCAUGUUGUUUUCUGCAGUAAAGAUGGCUUCAUACCGGUCCUGACCGCUGUCGGAGGAUGGCGUAGGUUCGCGAA